GGAUGUGACAGCUCCAAUCACGUGAGUUGCUCGCCGCCUCAUAACACUCGUGGGGGGAGGAGCCGCUUGACAACCGGCGUGAGAGGUGUGCGGUUUGCUGAACGAGUCUGUGUUAAUCGCUGUGCCGAGCAAGCGCGCUCUGUCUCCCUGUCACAAGACGCCGCAGUUAUGGGUCUGCUGUCCGCCGGCUCUCCGCUUAGCUGGGAAGAGACCAAGAAGUACGCGGACCACGUCCGGCAACACGGCAUCAUCCAGUUCCUGAACAUCUACCACAAGGUGAAGGAGCGGCAGAAGGACGUGCUGAAAUGGGGCGAUGAGGUGGAGUACAUGUUGAUUGCCUUUGAUCAUGAAAAUCAAAAGGUUCGUUUAGUACUGGAAGGCGAGAACAUGCUUGAAACACUUCAAGACAGAGGUGAAAAAACAAACCCAAAUCACCCAACACUCUGGAGACCAGAGUAUGGCAGUUACAUGAUUGAAGGGACACCAGGACAGCCUUAUGGAGGUACAAUGUCUGAAUUUAACACUGUGGAAGACAAUAUGCGGAAACGUCGGCAGGAAGCCUCAUCACUUUUACCAAACAACCAGUCAAUAUGCACCAUCACCUCUUUUCCACGAUUAGGAUGUCCUGGAUUUACACUUCCAGAAUUUCCUCCCACCCCAGUGGAGAAGGGAGCGUCUAAGUCGCUGUUCUUUCCAGAUGAAGCGAUUAACAAACAUCCACGAUUUAGUACUUUGACAAGAAAUAUUCGGCACAGACGUGGAGAAAAAGUGGUCAUUAAUGUUCCAAUUUUUAAAGACCAAAAUACCCCCCCUCUCCGUUUAUUGAAAAAUUCCCAAAUGCUACUGGUGAUGAUGCAAAAGCAGCAAUACCUGAUCACAUUUACAUGGAUGCUAUGGGUUUUGGGAUGGGCAACUGCUGCCUCCAGGUCACUUUUCAGGCUUGUAGCAUUGCAGAAGCACGAUACCUGUAUGACCAGCUGGCUACUAUAUGUCCACUUGUGAUGGCUCUGAGUGCAGCUGCUCCUUUCUACAGAGGAUAUGUGUCGGACAUUGACUGUCGGUGGGAAGUUAUUUCUGCCUCUGUAGACGAUCGAACUAAAGAGGAAAGAGGCGAGAAGCCUCUGAAGAAUAACAAAUACAGAAUCAAUAAAUCUCGAUACGAUUCUAUAGACAGCUAUCUGUCUACCUGUGGGGAAAAGUACAAUGACAUUGAUUUGACUAUAGAUAAAGAAAUCUGUAGCCAACUAACAAAAGAGGGAAUUGACCCCCUCUUGGCCCAACACAUUGCACAUCUUUUCAUCAGAGAUCCUUUGACAUUGUUUGAAGAGAAGAUACAUUUGGAUGAUGCAAAUGAAUCGGACCACUUUGAGAAUAUCCAGUCAACUAACUGGCAGACAAUGAGGUUUAAGCCUCCUCCACCUAACUCUGAUAUAGGUUGGCGAGUGGAGUUUCGGCCUAUGGAGGUCCAGUUAACAGACUUUGAAAACUCUGCCUACGUAGUCUUUGUGGUGUUGCUGACCAGAGUAAUUCUUUCUUACAAGUUGGAUUUCCUUAUUCCCUUGUCAAAGGUUGAUGAAAACAUGAAAGCAGCCCAGAAACGUGAUUCUGUGCGUCAGGGAAUGUUUUACUUUAAAAAAGAUAUUUGCAAAGCUGGCAUUGCUGCAGUUGAUGGCUGUUAUACAACACUUAAUGGCACAGAAGGUGAACUGGAAGAGUAUACCCUCAUGAGCAUUGAUACUAUAAUCAAUGGAAAGGAAGGAGUUUUUCCAGGUUUGCUUCCCAUCCUUAAUUCUUAUCUAGAAAACAUGGAGGUAGAUGUGGACACACGCUGCACCAUACUAAACUACCUUAAACUGAUUAAGAAAAGAGCUUCAGGUGAACUGAUGACAUCUGCUCGAUGGCUGAGAGAAUUUGUAUCAAACCAUCCAGACUAUAAGCAUGACAGUGUGAUAACGGACAAAAUAAAUUAUGACUUGAUGGUUAAAUGUAACCAGAUUGCAAAUGGACAAACGAGUUGUCCAGAGUUGGUUGGUUUUACAACUUCUAAAACAAAGCCCAGUGGAAGCAAGAUGACUGUAUGA